AUGGUCCUAAUGCAAAAUGUUGACUCGACGAGCGGCGUGCGGAUUUCAAAUGACGAAAAGCGGUUACGUGUAACUGUACUAGCCGGUCGGCCGGGGACGCUGCCGCCGCCAACGAGGUCAGUAGUGCCGGCAGUAGUGGCUACGAGCGCGGUGGGCGAGAGCGAGCUUACUUCAACUUCUACAAAGAAAAUAAUUUAUCAGCGCAUCUUUAGAGCGCGGACAAUCUGUUCAAACAGCGCACUGCUGGCGGAGCGAAUGGCACAGGGAAAACUAAUGAACGGUAUAUCGUCGCGUGGAACGGGACGUGACGUGCUCAAGCGCGCGGCGCCGGGCUGCGACUGUCGCGCCGCGGUGGUCUCUCGGCUGCGCGCGCGCUCUGCAGGAGAACAUGUUAUUCAGUGUUCGCACCUAAAUACUGACCGAUUCUCUUCGGUGCCCAAACAAACAAUAGAAUACAUUUUACAC